UCUCUGCCGAAGAAGGAGGCCGUCGGGAAGGGGGGGAGGGACAGAGAAGCCAAGCACCGGGUGACGAUUAGUAGUAGUAGUAUUUGUAAGCCAGUCUUCCCUCCGUUUCCCGGCACAGAGCGCUCUUCUCUCCAUCCCCGCCUGCUUGCCUGCCUCCCCGCUCUUGGCGCGCUCUCUUGCCCGGGCCAUGAUGUUCCCAAGCCUGCUGGCGCCUCCCGCCGUCUACCCGAGUCUCUUGCGACCGACUCCGACUCUCACGUUGCCUCAGACGCUGCAAUCCGCCUUCUCCGGUCCCUCCGGCUUCUUGGUGGAAGAUCUCCUGAGGAUCGGCCGGCCGGCAGGUUAUCCACCCCGAGGAAGCGCCCCGACGCCCAGCUUGUCUCCCCCAGUUGCCGGCGUCGGGGCAGCCAGGACCGAAGCUGCGAGCUCAGCCGAGCUGGCGACUGCCGAGCCCUCCGGCGCCAAGACCGGCUGCUCCGCCCGCUCCUCGAUCUCUUCCAGCGGGGACGCCACUUUCCUGAAGUUCGGAGUCAACGCCAUCCUGUCCUCCCCUCCGCGGACAGAGGCUUCUCCUGCGCUGAUCCAGAACGUCCCCGUCAAGACCUUCUCCUUCCCUUACUUCGAAGGCUCCUUCCAACCUUUUAUUAGGUCGUCUUAUUUCCCAGCCUCCUCUGUGGUGCCUAUCCCUGGGACAUUCUCUUGGCCCCUGGCUGCUCGAGGGAAACCUCGCCGAGGGAUGCUCCGUAGGGCAGUUUUCUCAGAUGUACAAAGAAAAGCCCUGGAGAAAAUGUUUCAGAAACAGAAAUACAUCAGCAAACCAGAUAGGAAAAAACUGGCAGCUAAACUGGGCCUGAAAGAUUCCCAGGUGAAGAUCUGGUUCCAAAACAGAAGAAUGAAAUGGAGAAAUUCCAAAGAGAGAGAACUCCUGUCAUCCGGUGGCUGCCGGGAACAAACCUUACCCACAAAGUUCAACCCUCACCCAGACCUCAGUGACGUGGGCAAGAAGGGCAUUGGGGAGGAAGAGGAGGAAGCAGCAGCAGUUCCUCCAUUGUACCCAGUGAGCCCAAGACAUUCUUUAGCUUACCACCAGUCCACAGAUCACACACAUCAGAGAGACAGGUUGGAUUCCCAGAUGCUCCCCUCUCCCACACAUUCCAGCAGUCCCAGUAAACCAUCAGACUUUUCAGACUCGGAAGAAGAGGAGGAGGAAGAAGGGGAGGAGGAGGAAGAUGAGGAGAUCACAGUUUCGUAGAGACCUUCUCCUUAUGGAAAAAAAAAAGAGGACAUUGAGGGGUUGUACAUAAAUUAAGGGCUCUUUGAUUGAAGAGGUAAUGCCUUUCCACAUCCAUGCAUUUCAUACGGAAAAUGCAACGCUCACCAUUCAUCUACAAGACAUCUGCAUGCCAUAUGCUAUAUCUAUCCAAGAUGUGAAGCCUUAGCUGUUAUAAUCUAAUUAGGUUUUGUGUAAAUCAGCCAGCAUUCUUAUUUAAAAAUCUAUUUGUUUUUUAAGUCUCCAUGGAUACAGCAUAGAAAAAAAAUCUCAAUUGUAGGUUGUGUUACAAAUAACAGUAGAGACUAUUUCACCCAAGGAUUGGGCUGAUUAACAAUUUUCCUUGUAAGGAAGUGUGUGUGUGUGUGUGUGUGUGUAUGCCUUCUAGAGGUGUUGGCCAAGUUGGCUGAGAAUAAUAAAGAAAGGAAUCCAACAUUUCUGGACUGGACCAAGUUGGAGAAACUAACUUAGUGACUUGACUACGAUGCCAAACUGCUGUGUCGCUGGGGAUAAAUUAUUGACAAUAUACUGUUCACGUGAAGAUAGUUUUGGUCUCUCUCAUCCACCAGCCCUUUCCCCCUAUUUUCCUUGAUUUUUUUUCAAGUAUAAACAUUUAUUUGUAAAUAUCACAUAUAUUGCCAUCAUCAAACUUUCCUCUGCUCUUCCCGAGGUCUUUAUCUUUCAUCUUUGUGCCUAUUAAACAUGUAUAUGUGGGCAUAAGGACACAGGUUUGCCUCUUUGAUUUUUUUAGUCGAAUUUUGCUGUCUUUGCACAGCAGAGAUGAACUGUACACUAUUUUGUAUAUUCAUGUUGUAGGGAUAUUUUAUACCAAGGCUAUUGUAAGUUUACAGAUAAAGCAGAAAGCUUUGUAUAUUUGAUUGUAUAUGGUGGAAAAGGAGGAUGUUGAUUGUAUAUGUGUGUUUUUGUAAUUUUUUUAAACCCUAAGGGGAGCUUAGAUUUUAGCUAUGUAACUUAUAUAAAAUGUUAUUUUGUAUUCCUACUGUGUACAGAUUUAAAUAUGUAUAUUUUACAAAUGAAGCCAAUGACGUUUUAAAUAGUCUGCAAGGCUGAAAUGUUUUUUUAUUGAAUUGGAGUGUUUUUUAAAAGCAUUUAUAUCCUGUUAUUUAUGAAGAAUUUGCAGUAAGGUGUUUCCAGACACGAGCCACUGAAGUCUGCUGUGUUGAAACUUUGCAAAUCAGUAAAAGUCAUUAUAUGUGUC